AUGAGCCAGAGCUACCACGACUUCAACACCAGAUUCUUCUUCAUACGGACGUCGGCCUGGGCAAGAGGGGCCUGGGGCAUGUUCAGCAGCGUGAUCCCUGAGAAGGUGCGGGACAAGACGUUGUUUUUUGGCGACGACUUCUUGAAAGCCCAGGAGCUGCAGAAGGUGCUGGACGCCUCGGCGCUGGACGCUCUCAGGCGCCGAGAGUUUGGGAUCUUCUGCGCAUCGAAGCGGAGGGUGCAGGAGGGUCUGAUCACCAUCAGCGCCAACGAUGCUUUCGAGCUGCCCGUCGAGGUUCCGACCAACGCCACGCUGUAUUGGGACUUCGACGUCGAGGGCGGGGAGAUGGAGUUCACGCUCUUCCAGUCGGUGCCCGGAGAGGAGGACGCCGCGGCGGAGCUGGAGGACGAGGACGGCGCCGCGCCGAUCGUCGCCGACAAGUGGGAGCCGAUUGAGAAUUGGGAGGCGCUGAAGGUGUCGGGCGAGGGCGAGCGUACCUCGGGGAUGCUCAGGGAGGCCAGCGCGGCCUUCGGCCACCCGCUCGCGCAGAGCGUGGACGGGCGGCAGCUGCUGCUGCUCCGCUGGGACAACACGGGCGCCUGGCUGUGGUCCCGGACGGUGCGCUACCGCGUCCAGGUGGUGCCGCCCGCCGCGGCCUCCGCGCCCGAGGUCCGUGUCGGGGGCAGCGACCGGGGGGGACAGGCAGGCAGUGGGAGGGGAUAUCCAUCGGCCCCCUCGUCGCCCACGGGUUGCCGACCGGGGUCUGGUGGCCCCACCCCGCCCAGGGAAUACGUGCGGACGUGCGAUCGGGGACGUGCUCUGGACGCCUCGGAGUGGCUCUGGGGUGCCCUGUGUAGUCGGGGGGGCCCUGGCGGGGGCCCCCCGUGUAGUCGGGGGGGGGGAGCACUCGCAGUCCGCGGGGGGGCCCCGCCCUCGUAG